AUGACGGAAGACAGACUUGUGUCUGUUCGUUGCUCUUCUACCGGUUUUGCAGCUAAAGUUCAAGAUCUCGUGGCUGCUUGCCAAGCUGCUACGGACGCCAAGAUCCUUUUGGAGAAUUGCGAGAACCUCUUCAGGCUACUGAGGGACAAAAAGAUAGAACUCAAGGCCCCCUUCCUCGCAUCCUGCGCUGCUGCCGCUUCUGCGGGGGGUGAUGGGCAUCAAAAAGGCUUCCUGCAAUGGUUGCAGCAGUCUUAUCAAGUCUUUAUUUCUAUUGUAUUCGAGCUGCUUGCAUCUUCAGAGCCCCAUGUUCAACGCCUUGGCCUCGCAUACCUGUUUCGGAUCGUCAAGCACGAAUCCGAAGUGCACAAGUCUGCUGUUUUCCCGCUUUCUGCAUUUCAGUUUCUCGUAGCCAGGCUUCUGCAGUCAGACGGCUUCUCAGAUUAUGUGCAGGAGCUGUUGGUGGAGGAGUACGUGACUAGGUACCUCGAUAUUCGCUACUAUUUACUCGUUGUCACCGGCAAGAUUUUACGAGAGUUUGUGAACAGGAAGUUGGAUACAAACAGAAACAUUGCUGCCCGUACACUACAACAGCGACAUCGAGCUAGCGGAUCUGACUCAGAUGAGGCGACCGACGAAGUAGAACCUCCCAGCGUAAAUGAAAGCAGCCAUGACAAUGCAGCGUCGUCUCAGGGCUGCGAAUGGUUUGUUUGGACAAAAGGCGAAGCCGAGCUGAGCAAAAGGAUGACAUCUCUGCUGCUGCGGCUUUCAAAGUGCUUAUCUGAUGCUGAUCAGAUGGUAUCCCUACGAGGAAAACGGAAAGCUGGUGGCCCUCCGCCUGCAUCGCGCAGUAGCGACACGGACACCGAGGUAGAAGAGGAGGUAAAAGCACCUUACAGCGACGAUGAAAAAGCUGCUUCCUCCCAUUCAAAGACGUUCAUCGAGGGUUUGGGGAGUUCGAAGGCGUUGGAGAUGAGCAAUCAUCGACUUGCAUAUCAGAAUACCUGGCUGUCGCUGUUGCUGAAUGUGGAGCAUGAUACGAGCACGACACAGCGACUAUUGGUUCGCGUUCCUCGCACGGUUUUCCCCUUUCUAUCGAAUCCUCUUCUCCUUGCUGACUUCUACCUUAAAGCAUUCAACGAAGCCAAUCGUAUUUCCAUUCGCAUUUCAGCUCUCUCGGGUUUGUUUUAUCUCCUGACGAAACACCGAUUGGGCAACCCAGACGUGCUUGAGAGCACACAAGGAAGUGCUCCCGUCCCUGCUCUAGACGAGACGGAGUCAGCAGGGGCGGCUGGCGCACAUUUUUAUCAGCGGCUUUUCAGGCUUAUCACCCCCGCAGCUUUUGCUCCUCGCCUGCGAGUUCGUUUCCUCCGUCUUUUAAACAUGGCAUUGAGGAGUGAUCUCCUGCCUACGUGCCUUGUGGCUGCGUUUAUAAAGAAAUGCAGCCGAGUUGCAUGUCUUGUGCCCCCACCGGCAACACUCUGCCUAGAGGCCCUCGUAUUGUCUCUCCUGCAGAAGUACCACACCACCUGCAAACCCCUGCUGAGCGUGCCCGAAUCCGUUUCCUCCCAGCUGAGAGUGCAGGGCGACAGCUUUGAUUAUAGUACGCUGGUUGUCAGACAGCAGGGCGGACAGAAAGCCGGACACCCUUCCUUCUCUUCUGACGAGGAUGAGGUGCAGAAGAAAGUGAGCGAAGGGACUCCAGUGUUGGAGUUGGUGAGCCGGGCGGUCCCCAAGAUCAUGCAAAUAAGCAAGGAAGAGAUACAGCCCCUAACAAGGAAGGAGGCGCGCAUGUCUUUGUGGGAAGUUGACAUUUUAAGAAAACACUCUCUUAAAUCAGUGCAGCAACUAGCAGAGCUCUUUGCUGCUGAUUUUAUCAACCCGUCGGCAAAGAAGGUCGCUCUGGAUGAUUUUCUUGACCUGACAACGGGUAGCCUCCUGGCCAGAGAGUUCAAGGCACUCAACAAAUCCACGGCAACCCCUGUGCCCCUUGCAUACACGUCAGUUUCAGCCGUGCCUCCUUGUGGUGCGGGACCUGGAGGGCCCCCCCCCGAUGUCCCACAGUUGUACGCCGCAUGUAUGAACUUGGCAAAACAAAAGUGUGAGCUGUAG